UGUUGAGAGUUUGGUUAAACAUGAUUUAUGUUGAGCACGCGUUACUUAGCGAAGCUACUAGAAGAGGAUGUAAAGCAUUGAAACCACAGAUAUAGAUGCAACAUAAAAAUAUGUAAAUAAUACCAUGACAACACAGUCCAACAUCUGUUAUGUUCCUCUGUUCUAUCGUCACGGUUCGGAGUGAACAGAAAAGCGAUCGUUUCGCCGCUGCCUAUUACACUGUUCAGAUCUGGUCCAUACCGGUGCACCAACUGCAAAGCCCCAUAUUAGUAGACCCUACCAAUGGGUAAAUUAAAUAUCGAAACUAUAACCUCACACGACACCGAACAACCGGCCGAUUCGAUCGAAUGGUGUCCGCACGACGGCUGGCAGGACGUAUUCGUAUGCGGCACCUACCAGCACGAGCGCGAUGAAGAACCAUCCUCCGCAAAUCGAGUAGGACGAAUACUAUUGUACCGGUUCGGUGGUGGACCUACGGAUGAUACGCUCUCGCUCCUACAAACGAUUGACAGGUCGGCCGUUUUAGAUCAAAAAUGGAACCCACGGACAAACCAUCAACUGGCGGUGGCCGGUGCCGAUGGAACGCUAGCACUCUACGCCCUGUCCGACACGUCCGGGCAGCUUCAGCUCGAACCACAGACAACGGCAACGCUUGCGGGCGAUGAAACCGAGGAGCGUAAUCUGUUAGCGUUGGCGCUUGAUUGGUCGCCCGAUGGAAAGCGGAUCGCUGUUAGCGAUUCGCACGGUUGCCUCGAGCUGUUGAACGUUGAGGAUGGGCUCCAGCACGUGCACAGCUGGAAGGUGCACGGGUUUGAAGCGUGGACGUGUGCGUUUAGUCGGCAUAACGAAAAUAUCAUCUUCAGUGGGGGCGACGAUUGCUUUCUGUGUGCGCACGACGUACGCUGUCCGGGCGAACCGAUCAUGAAGGGUAAAAAUAAAACCCACUCGGCGGGAGUCACCUCUCUACUGUCCUUUGCUGCGCGGGAUCACAUUCUACUCACCGGAAGCUACGAUGAAAACGUACGUCUGUUUGACGAACGGCAGCUGAAGUGUAGCGUUUCCGAACUGCCGCUGCACGGUGGCGUCUGGCGCUUGCGGUCGAAUCCACUCCGCGAGCCGGAUGCAAUUCUGUGUGCCUGCAUGUAUCAUAACUUUAGCGUGGUUCGGCUUAAUGCAGACGAUUCGUUCGAGCUGGUUGGAGUGUACGGGGAACAUGAGAGCAUCUGUUACGGUUGUGAUUGGCAACAGGUAGGGAAAGGCUACCGUUCCGGUAGAAACGUGAUAGCGACUUGCUCGUUUUACGAUCAUAAACUAUGCGUAUCGGAGGUAACUGUAGCUUAGCUAGGUGAAUAAAUAAACGAAACGCUUACCAUUCUUGGAAGUGUUUUCUACAACUUGUGAAAGUA